CUCACCCCACACCCCCACACAGUGAGUACAAAACUGAUGUACCCCAUAGCUCUGCUUUUUUUUUUUUCUUCUUCCUACGUACUGUCAAUAUCCCAUUAAUUGCCAUUGCUGUGUAUUUGAGUGUCACUAUACAAGUGAAGUGAAGUUGUGAACAGAAGAAGAAAAAAAAAAAAAAAAGAGGGUCCAUUUCCUUUUUGCACUUUGCCUUGAUAUCUCUGCACUCGUCACAGAAAAGCAGAUAAAGAUUGAAACUUUGCAUUUAAAACCCCCCUAGUGUGUGUGUUUUAGUGUGUGUUUUUUGUUUGGAGGGUAUAAAAAGAGGAGCAAAAAAUAUGCAGCAGCACCUGAUGCAGAUGCAGCCCAUGAUGGCAGCUUACUAUCCAACGAACGUCACUACUGACCAUAUUCAACAGUACUUGGAUGAGAACAAAUCACUCAUUCUGAAAAUUGUUGAGAGCCAGAACUCUGGAAAACUCAGUGAAUGUGCAGAGAACCAAGCUAGGCUUCAGAGGAAUCUGAUGUACCUUGCUGCUAUUGCUGAUUCACAACCUCAGCCUUCUAGCAUGCAUUCUCAGUUCUCUUCUGGUGGGAUGAUGCAGCCAGGGACACACAGUUACCUGCAGCAGCAGCAGCAGCAACAACAAGCGCAACAAAUGGCAACACAACAACUCAUGGCUGCAAGAUCCUCAUCAAUGCUCUAUGGACAACAGCAGCAGCAGCAGCAGUCUCAGUUAUCACAAUUUCAACAAGGCUUGCAUAGUAGCCAACUUGGCAUGAGCUCUGGCAGUGGUGGAAGCACUGGACUUCAUCACUUGCUUCAAAGUGAAUCAUCACCUCAUGGUGGUGGUUUCUCUCAUGACUUCGGCCGCGCAAAUAAGCAAGACAUUGGGAGUAGUAUGUCUGCUGAAGGGCGCGGCGGAAGCUCAGGUGGUGAUGGUGGUGAGAAUCUUUAUCUGAAAGCUUCUGAGGAUUGAAAAUUAAGGUUUUACUAGUAAUUUUAAGGUAGUGGUAGUAGUAAUGAUAGGGAGGAGGAGGAGGUUCUAGUUUUUUCUUGUCAACUAAUUAGGAACAAGAUUAAGUUGGGCAAGAAUUUUGAAGGAAUUGUGCUUUAAGAAUUGUGAUCUAUGUUGUUUUAACAUAUGGUUCCUACUUUUUAGUAUUUGUAAUGCAAGAGAAUUUGUAGCUUCUGGUUAUUGUAUGUGGUCAUGUACAUGUGUUAAGUUAUUUUGAUUAUGAAU